AGCUCAGAGUCUGGAACAUAAGGCCAUGGAGUGGAUGUUGACCUGAACUCCAAGUGAGUCACAUACAGAAAAAGAUGGCUUCCAGGCAGUUUGAGGUGAUGUCAGUAUUGUGUACUUAUGUAUGCAAAACCAGAAGUGCUGUGAUGGAGAUUAUGAAACGGGUGCUCAGUAAGUAUGUUAAGAUGUAACAGCCUGCCUGGACAGGUGCCACACAUAGGGAGAUGGGAGAUGGAGUGAGUGAUGGAGAUGCAGUAUAUUAUUUUUCCUUUAAUUGUAAUGAACUGAUAUAUUCGAAUAGAGAAAGGAGAGCUCUUUGAAGAGAGUGCGUGGCUCUUAAAAGAGCCUUUUUUUCGUGUGCGGUGUUGUUGCAAUGUCCAUCAUGUUUACUUGGCCUUGGCGGGCUUCUCGGUCUUCUUGGGCAGGAGAACAGCCUGGAUGUUAGGCAGCACACCACCCUGAGCGAUGGUGACUCCACCCAGCAGCUUGUUGAGCUCCUCGUCGUUGCGGACAGCCAGCUGCAGGUGACGGGGGAUGAUACGAGUCUUCUUGUUGUCGCGAGCGGCGUUUCCGGCCAACUCCAAGAUUUCAGCGGUCAGAUACUCGAGCACAGCCGCCAGGUAGACGGGGGCGCCAGCACCAACACGCUCGGCAUAGUUGCCUUUGCGCAGCAGCCUGUGGACACGGCCGACUGGGAACUGGAGCCCGGCACGAGAGGAGCGGGUCUUUGCCUUAGCUCUGGCCUUUCCGCCGGUUUUGCCUCUUCCACUCAUGAUUUUUCGAUCGUUUCUAGAGUCACAGCUCAGAGAAUAUGUUCUCAGCAGCCACAACGCUUCGUUAUAUGUCCGCGCAGCGCGCAGGGGGGCUCAUGUUCGACCAAUCGGAGUGGAGGUCGACCGUUGUGAAUUCUGGCGGUCUUUUUGAAGGGAUUUCUCUCCAAUCAGCAGCUGCUAUUCUGGCGCUGUGUCGCUCCUCCAGGCGGCGCUGAGCUCCACGAGAAGCCCUUCACCAAUCAGGGGUGGAGGUUUGAAGCGGCGUCAUCAUUCCGCAGCCGGUCCCACACUUUAAGAGCAGCGUGUCUCGUCCCUGUAUUACACUUUUUUUCCGCACAGAGAAAGAAAGUAAGAAGCGAUAAUGGCAAGAACCAAGCAGACCGCUCGUAAGUCUACUGGAGGCAAAGCCCCGAGAAAGCAGCUGGCCACCAAGGCAGCCCGUAAGAGCGCCCCUGCCACCGGCGGCGUCAAGAAGCCUCACCGCUACAGGCCCGGUACCGUGGCUCUGAGAGAGAUCCGUCGCUACCAGAAAUCCACCGAGCUGCUCAUCCGCAAGCUGCCCUUCCAGCGCCUGGUCCGAGAGAUCGCUCAGGAUUUCAAGACCGACCUGCGCUUCCAGAGCUCCGCCGUCAUGGCUCUGCAGGAGGCUAGCGAGGCUUACCUGGUCGGCCUCUUCGAGGACACCAAUCUGUGCGCUAUCCACGCCAAGAGGGUCACCAUCAUGCCCAAAGACAUCCAGCUGGCCCGCCGCAUCCGCGGAGAGCGCGCUUAAACUCUCACUCACACUCCAUACCAAACAUAACAACAACGGCUCUUUUAAGAGCCACCUCACUUUACACUAAAGAGCUUCUUUCACUGUUGUUCUCCUUCACUUUAUUAUAUGUCAUAUCUUAUGGUUCUGUUAAUCAAAUACCUCCCUAAAAUCUAUUUCUUUCCAGAAAUACAAACUGCAUAGCUGACAUUUUGUGGCUAAAAAGGACUUG